AUGGUGGUGAAGUGUCGUAAGUUACAGUUUCAUUCGUUCCUUGUACUUUGUAAUUUUCUCGUGCCCAUCUUUGAGAAAAUAAUUCUUACUACUUCCGUAAUCUUGUUUAUAAGAAAAAACUUUUCUUUUGCCAGUCGUGUAGAUGUAUGGCGUAAAAAGAGAAAAAUAGAAAUACCUCAAAAUGAAGCAGCUGAAAGUGCAGGACAAAAUAUUGUGAAAACUUAUAGUAGGCAAGUGCCAGUCGUACAUCUAGAGGCUACUUUUGAUGCAAAAUCUAAUCAGCCAUCAACUAGUACUAAUAGUUCUGAAACUAAGGCUUUGAAAAUAAACUGGCCAGUAACUGAUCUAACUUUGGCAUGCCAUGAAUUGACUAUUGAGAAAAGUGUUGAUAAUAACUUGAUUGGUCUGACUGGGAACAGAAUUGUUGACAUCCAACACGUCCUUCACUGGGCAUUUGCUCUGGAAAAGCACACAAAAACUUGCGCAAAUAGUACCAUUGAAUUUGUCAGAGAGCUGCGGAAAGGCUUCAACAGUAUAUUCAUUUUUAAAUGCAGCAUGUGUGAUAAAGAAUUUAGAGAGAGCAAUGAGAAUAGUGAUGGUGAAAAACUAAACACUGGCUUUGUGUGGGGAACUGUAACAGGUGGGGGUUAUUAUACACAAGCGUCUCACUUAACUAAUGUAAUGGAUAUCCCUACAAUGGGUCCUACAAAAUUUAGGAAGAUAGAAAAAUCACUGGGACAUACAUGGAAAGAUCAAUUGACAGAAGAAAUAAAGAAAAUAGGACAACAAGAGAGAGCUAUAGCUAUUGAAAAAGGCCAAAUUACUGACGAUGGCAUUCCAUACAUAGAAGUUGAAGUAGAUGGUGGGUGGGCCAAGAGGAGCUACGGUCAUAACUAUAACUCAGCAUCUGGUAUGGCUUGCAUCAUUGGGAAAAACACGAGGAAGUGCUUGUAUAUUGGGGAAAACAAAUAUUGUUAUCAUUGUCAUUUAUACGAGAAAGACAAAAAGGAUGUGCCCCCACACAAAUGUUUCAAAAAUUACCAGGGAUCAUCAACUGGUAUGGAGGCAGAAAUAUUAGUGGAGGGCUUUCAGAAGUCAGAAGAAAUGCAUGGUGUACAAUAUCUUUCAUUUAUUGGAGAUGGCGAUUCCUCUGUUUUCGCUCAAUUGAAAGAAAAAGUGUCAUAUGGUCAAAAAAUACGGAAAACAGAGUGCAAAAACCAUGUUAUAAAAAAUUAUACAAGUGGACUUUAUAAGAUACUGGCUAAUACCAAAUUACCUUUGUACGGUCGCAAAAUGUUAAAAGCCAGGUUGUCAAAACUAACUGUAAUUUCGAGAAUGAUAAUCUUGCAUCAUGCCGAAAAUAGAUUGGCUAUGAGAAAUGACCUGCAGCAUGGCCCUUCACAUGUGUUUGGUGAACAUGAAAAAUGCCAAGAUUAUUUUUGCAAAUUCACUGCAACUGGCGAGCAAGAUGAAAAUUAUGUCACCAGUAUGAAGAAACAGGCUCCUGCCGUUUGGGCACUUAUUGUUGCUGCAAAUGAAUCUGUAAUCGCUAAAACAAAUCGGUUGUCAAAUGAUACAACCAAUCAUGUUGAAAACUUUAUGAGUAUUAUAAGUAAAUUCAACUGUGGUAAGCGGCUCAAUCUUCACACAGGUGGAUCUUAUCAGCGUAGAGUGAUGGUUGCAGGCCUCUCGCAAGUAACUGGUCAAACUUGGCAUAACCCUGCGUGGCGAAAACAUACUAACAGUUCGCCAGGCAAAACUUUUAGGAAAUAG